UUCCCUUAGCGACUCUGUUAUUUAGAUAUGGCGGCAGAAUUUUAUCUGCAGAGUGAGCGAAAAGAUCGAAGGCAAUGAACGAUCAACGGUAAUAAGAUUUUAAUAAGACCAGGAGUGUGGCUGUUGAUCCAUCAAUUUGCACUGGAUUUCACAAUGACUAAGAAAUACCAGCAACGAUCUUCGUCAGGGAGUAAAACCACCAAUAUAAAAAACCUCGAUCAGCAGCCGGCAAAAUUCGCAACCGCAAUCUGUCCUCUUAACUUAGAGGAACAAAAAGAGCGGUUUUUGAAACAUGGAAGGCUCCCGAAGUUUGUGAUGAAAGGCUCUGAAGAAGAAAUUGAACAUUUGUACCUCAAAGCCAGCAACCAGAUUAGGUUUGAUUUAUUUGGUGAAGCUGAGCACAUUUUGAAUGUGGUGAAAGAGAAAUAUGGAGAUGGCCAUACAUACUUGGAUGUUAUGUAUGGUGAAAAGAUAACAAAAGACGAAGCGAAUAAUAUCCUGCUUGAUUACCUCAAGGAAAAUAAACUAGAUGGUGCUAUGAGCCUCAUUUGGUGUACAAACUUAGCAGCAAGUGCUCGUAUGAUGUGGGUUGGUCCUCACGCUAAAUACAACAAACCAGAGGCCAGAAGUUACUCCUUCUGGAUAAAAGACACAGAUGAUAACAACUUUAUCAGGCAAUGGGGCAUCAGAUGUCUGGCAGAUCACGAAAUAGGAACUCAUUUUUUUCGAUCUUUCAAUGAUGGCUUACAACCAUGGUUCAUGGACAGGAAGCGUUUCGGUGUGCGAGGUCUUGGAAGCCUUGAACAGCUGCGUACAGAGGAAGGGCUGGCUUGUAUCAACACAGUCCUCAACGCCAAAGUCAGAUACCUGUGGAGCUCUGCCCUUCAGUACUAUGCGGCCUGUAAAUCAGCAGAGAUGACCUUCAAGCAGCUCUUUGAUCACCUCACUCUUUUUGUCAAAAGUCCCGACCACAGGUGGCGCCUCUGUAUGCGAAUCAAGAGAGGUCUGAUCGAUCCCAAUGACCUCGGAGGUUAUGGCAAAGAUCAGUGUUACUUUGAGGGUGCAGUGGAAAUUUUACGCAACAUUGACAACAUAGAUUUCCAGGUUCUGAUGAGUGGUAAAAUGUGUGUGGACGAGGUGUCCCGGUGUAAACGUCUCGCACGGCAAGACUGUAUCCGACUGCCGGCUUUCAUGAGAAAUGAGAAUAAAUACAAAAAGAAUCUCAGGGCAAUAGCAGCUUUGAAUGGUUUAAACACUGUUCGGCCAUCCAUACAACCUCCGCUAGCUUAUAUACAACGUCUUAAGAGGGGCCGAAGAAUCGGCCCCGAGAACUCUCGCAAGGUGAGAAAAAAAUAUAGAAAGGGGAAAGGUGGUAAAUUUCGGGUUAAAGGUCAAAAUUCUGAUAGUUUUUCAUCAGAAGCUACAGAGAGUGAUUGUGAAGAUGGUAGUUGUACUAGUUUGCACUCUAAAGUGGAAUCGGAGGAUGCACGGAGUGAGCAAAAAGUGCAGAGAUUCCUUAUGGAGUCUCGAGUAGACAGUGGGAUAUCUUCCGACCACAGCCUGCCUCAACAUGACGCAGGUCUGGAUCCAUUUGAUGCUAAAUCCGAACGAUCGUACAACAACAAUGCAGUAGGGAGCGAGUCGUCCCUCACAACUUGUUCAUCCCCGCCCUUGUUGUCUGGGUCAAUGUGGAGCUUGAAGUCCACCACAACAACUACCAACAGCAAUGUCUGCACAACGGUGAUUCAUGAGGAUGAGAAUACGGAACAGUGGAGCAAUCGGUCUGAGAAAAGUUUACAAAAUGUUGAGGUAAAGUCACCUAAUUUUUCAUCAUGGAAAAUUAGCUGCUGGCCACUGAGAUUGCUAUGCAACCAAGAGUUACCAAAGAGUGACAAACUGCCACCGAUCGGGGCGAAUAACAAAAACUAAAUGAUUUCCCUUGUCCUUCCCGUUUUGAACGGUAUAUUUUUGUAUUUUUUGUUUGUGUGUGCCAUGACAACAUUUUUUACUUUUUUCAUCAAAAAGGAAAACUUGUGAAAAAUUCCUAUAGGAGUGGGUUUUUCUCAUUAUUUUUUUUUCUGUUAAUUUACUCAGAAACAGAGAGUUUGUUUCAAUAUUGUUUGUUGUUGUUUUUCUUAUUGUCAAAUUGUGUGCAAAUGGCAUAGUGUUUGUUAAUCUUAUAUUAGUCUAAACGUUAGUCUAAUUGUAAUAUUAAUUUAUAUAUAGGGUUCAUUUUUUCAGUCGCACUAUAUUUUUUUUAGUGUGUUUGUUAAUGUCAUAUAUUGUUAUUUGUUGUAAUUAUAGUUUAUUAUAUAUACAAAUUUAUUUUUAAUUAAUAGUUAUACAUUUAGGGAUAUCAAGAUACGACGAAAAAUGGUUUUUAUAAUAACAAUUGUACUUUAUUUCCAGCUAGCAUGUUACUAGCUAUAUAUAGUACCCAUUACAAACAUGUAUGUUCCAUUCUCUGUGAUAUUUUGAUAUUGAACAAUAUAUACAUGUUUUGGUACAUACAUUACAGUACAUAUUUGUUAAAGGGUAUCUGUAAUUUUUUAGUCAUCUUUGUUUUGAGAAUCUAUUUCCGUAAAUUUUUGUUGUUGCAGAUUUGAAAAAUUCUACAUAUAUAAUACAUGUAUACGUGACAAGUUGAUUAUACAUUUUUUGAAGACAAAAUGGAUGUUAUAGAUUUGAAAAGUCUACUUAAGGAGUUUUACAUGGGUAGCAGAGUAAUAAAUUGAAAUAUUUUGACAAUAAAAUUUAGUGAAAGUUUUAAA